AUGUGCCAGGGAUGUACUGUUUUAACCUAUUCGAACCAUUUAGGGUUUGAUGUUGCCGUUGAUACUUUUGAUUACAGACAGAACUCCAUGUGUAACGAAGACUUUGUAUCAAGGGCGUACAUGUUAAACAAGUCUUUUUGGCGUCUCCAGCAGAGCUCCUAGUGUCAAAGGCGUAACCUGUUCCAUACUGUACUAGAUUUGUUGUUGAUGUAGAAGUUUUUGUCAGCAGCAGUGCUCCCUGUGUCAAUGGCAUACACAUUAUACAAAAUGUUUAGAGUUUAAUGCUGCACGUGUUGUUUUAGUCACCGUCAGAGCUCACAGUGUCAAUCAUAUACCUUAAUUGCCAUGGUAAGCAGUUGGAAUUUUAGGUCAUAGCAGAAUACGAUAUACCUUAUUUAUACCAUUGAAGUUUGGAACUGCCGUGAGAAUCUUUGUCGCUAAAUCAUCUCCCAUUGUCAGGGGAGUUCCUUUCCCCAAUCCCUGUCGUGGAUAUAUCGCAGACACAAAGAGCAAUCAGAAGACAAAAAAAUGCUCCCACAAUGAGCGAUGGAGUCGCAGGGUAAAUUGAAAACAAUCGAAACUGUGUGCUUCCGUGGCGUGCGUGUAUAGCCCACCAUUGGUGCAAUGUACACCUGUCCUCGGUGCUGUGCUUUCUGGCACUGUUUUAAUGAAAAUUCUAUUGAUUCGCCAGCCAUGUUUAAUCAUGCGAGCGCUGACACUACUCCCCAAGCGUGACAAGUCAUAGAAGACACUGGUCUCUGUACCAAGCCUACGGUGAAUCUACCAUAGCUAGCCUUUGGAUAUUGUUAGAAUAUGUGUGUUUUACGGUUUUAAAAUGCUGUUAUGUUCCCAUGGUUACGCGGAUAUUGAAACAUAUCGCACAACACAUGUUCUUUCUUGGAAAUUCCCUAAAGCAUGUCUCCUAAUGUGAAGGAAGUAGGUAAUGGAUGGUUGGUGAUUUUCGCUGAAACGUUCGAUGGACAACCGCCGUAAUUGUGUAUUUAACCGUGCUGUGUAGAGCUGGCACCUCGGUGGUUGUGUUACAUGUGGACCUGAUUCGGUGACCAGGACGACAGGAUGGACCUGUCCAGGAUUAUGGAUAUCCUCCCCUCCUUUGAGGUUGAGGAGGAGCUGAAGAAAAAACUCAAGGAUAAUGACUGCGGAAUGUCGACAAUGCUCCAGGCCGCGGCAAUGACCAAGGGUGAAAUCAACUUCCACAAUGCUGCCAAAGAGAACGAUUUACCGGCCAUAGAGAAACUUCUCUCGGACAGAGUGGACAUCAACUGUAAAAACAACCUGGACAGAACAGCGCUUCACUGGGCUGCUGCUAAUGGCAAUACGGCUAUCAUUGAGAAAUUGAUCGAAGGAGGAGCGGAUCUGGAGGCUAAGGACAAGUAUGGUAUGCGGCCAGUUUUAUGGGCAGCCUGGUUUGGUCACUUGGACGCCCUCAAACUACUCAUUAACUCUGGUGCUACUGCUAAAUGUUCUAACAAGCAAGGGAUGUGUAUACUCCACUGUGCUUCACAGAACAACAACGUUAAUGUCAUAAAUUUCGUGCUGGAAUCUCUCGAAAACGUCGACGUCAAUGAAAUGGAAAAGGUAGGAGAGCGGACAGCACUACAUCUAGCCGCGGAAGCAGGUCAUUUAGAGACUGUGAUGCGGCUCAUAGACAUGCAGGCUGAUGUCAAUAAGCGCGACAAGGUUGGGGAGACAGCACUUCACCUGGCAGCCCGGCACGGUCACGUGGAGGUGAUCAAACGCCUUCUCAUGGUGGGUGUGGAAAUCAAUGACAGAGAUGUGGAUGGGCGGACAGCGUUACAUAUAUCAGCAGAAAGAGGUCAUGCAGACGUGGUUGAUGUGCUGGUGGAGUACAAUGUAGGGUGUAACGCUGAGACCAUUAAAGAGUUUUCUCCCUUGCACUUGGCUGCAAUGCAUGGUCAUUACGACGUAGCCAAAUCACUAAUAGAGCACGGUGCUAAUAUCAAUGCUCAGAACUUUCAAGGGAACACAGCUUUACAUCUUGCCGCCACAGGGAAUUACAAAGAGGUCGCACAGCUCAUUGUGGAGUCAAACGCUCAAAUAGAUCUAGCAAAUCUUAGGUCCCAAACACCUCUUCACGUGGCAGUGGAGAACGGGUUCCAGGACACGGUCGAGGUUAUGUUAGCGGGGGGAGCCAGUCUGCUCACUAAGGAAAAGUUAGGGAAAACCCCGUUACAGCUAGCGUCCCGAGGCAGUUUUGUUGCUAUUGUUGACAUGGUCAUCAAAGCAGAACGGUACUACGCUGUAGCAAGGGACUACCACGAGAAGGAGCUCGACUAUGUUGAUCCACAUCGGUACCUCAGACAACCCAUCCACCCAUCAUCCAUCCAAAUGAAAGAUAUUCUCUGGCGAUUAGCAACAAAGCAGCUGAAACCUGGGGACUGGAAGAAACUCGCCAUACAAUGGAAGUUUACAGCCGAACAUGUCCGCGCCAUAGAACAUCAAUACACAGGAACUAGCAGUUAUAAAGAACACGGAUUCCGGUUGAUGAUGAUAUGGCUACACGGAGUCCGAAAAGACGAAAAUAUCAUGAAACUACUGUUUGAAUCGUUAGUGGCAAUUGACAGACGGGUGCUGGCAGAACAAAUACGACGGCGUGCAGAUUUUGGUCACGAUAAAUUCUGUAUGGGCAAUGUGUGCAAUGUAGCCUAACUUUGGUGUGUACAAACAGGUGGAGUUAAACCGCAGUAUAGCCUUAAGUUGGUGUGUACAGACAGGUGAAGUUAAACCGCAGACAAUCUAUGCCAGUGUAAUCAUUGGUGCACUUCGUAUACUUAAACAGAAGAGGUUAUAAAGUGAUACCUAUAUUUUGUUAGCAUUAGAAACGAAAUUUUAUAUUUACACGGAAAACAAAAUAUAAAAAAUACGUUCAAAUAAUUUUUAUUCUUCUGUAUACUUUAAACUCUGCUGAUUGCCUGGUUAGACAUGUUUGCUUUUACGGUAGACAUUUUGUCUUACCAGUUUUCGAACAUGUGGUAUUUUCAACAGUAUCACACUACUGUUUCUGUUUAUUUCGUUAAUGUGAGGUUCUGACAUAACUUUAUUGACAUAAGCUCUGCUAUUACAUGUAUGUCUACGGUGCCUUAUAUAUUAAGUUGGGCGAUAUAUGUAUUGUGAAAGAGAUAAACUAACGCACCAACGUGUCUUUAGCAGACCUACACCAUUUUACUACACACAGUUAUGCGCGAAAUCUACGUAUAUCUAUAUUGCUGGUAUCUUGAAUUUCUCAAAGUAUUACACGAGUCUUGUUAAAGGCCGUCCUCGUGUCUUGAUCCUCUACUUCAAUUCUGCCUUGUUUGAUACUGUUUUUAUAAGGUUGGAUAUGUAAUAGGUUUUCUACAAUAAGGUCAUUGACUGAAUUACGAUAUAGAUACUUUUUUCACAUUUUCUAUUUAUGGUGUUGUUAGUUAUCUAGAAUAUAUCAUUUAUAGUAGUGUUUGCAAGUCCUUUCUUCAAUAUGUCUGUACUUGGCGGUUGAUGUUCAAUGGCUUAGUUGCCAAUCAAAAUGAUAAUUUAUUUAGUUAGUGCCGAUACAUCGUCUGUAAAAUUAUUUGUAAGUUGGUCCUGUCUGUUAUUGUCAAAAAAGACAUCAACAUAGAAUUAUUAAAUAUACUCAAUCACACAGUAGCUGUCAACAUUUCUUUUAUGAAUUCCUUCAAAAGAACAUGUAUGGCUCAGGCGAUGUUAGCCCCAAAAAUACACCAACGUUGAUAAAAGUAUAGUUUGAAUACUUCUGCAAUACAAUUACGACAAGUGUUUUUUUUAGAAUCUAGGUAAAUUCGCAUCAAUUUAUAAAAUUUGAAAAUUUAGUUACUUUUGUCAGGGUUUCUAUGUUUUCCUUUUUGUUUUCUUUUUUAAUCAUUGUUUACAUUUAACAACCACGGAUAUGUAUUUCAUUCUGGAACAAACGUCUUCCCCUAAAGACAUAUUAACUGGUGCUUUCACUUUUCUUAUACAUACUUUAUUCAUUUAGCACUAAUUAAAAACGAAAACGAAUUUGAUUUGUCAUAAAAGUAUCGGGAAGUAGUCAAAUUUGACUUGAUAAUUUUAAAACUCACUGAAAGGUUUUAAUUUUUGAUGGAUGUUGGAACUCAAGAGGCCUCAACCAAACAAUAUCAUUUGAGAAAGGAAAAUAGUACACGACCCAGUUAAUUAAAGAAAUUAAACAUACACCUUGCUUAUAAAUGGGUUUAAUGUUGUAGAUGAAGCCUUAUUCUUUAAGAAAAUACCUCACAAGAAACACGAAUGUAUUACUUUCAAUUAAGGAGCCAGCAUGUUCUUUUUCGAGAAAUUAUUCCUUCUAUCAGAUUUCGAACUAUACAAAUGUCUGUUAAUUAUUAAAAUCUCUUAUUUCGUUUGUAUGGUUUAUAGUCACCAAAUCCAGAACAAUUGUUAUAGUUAGUGUAAUCAUAUAACUAAUUGUGAUAUACGACAAGGGAAAGACGGAUGAACUGUGUGCCGACACUGAUUUUAUAGUCUGUUCGGUGAAAACAAGUUAUUAUACUUAGUUCUGAAAUGAAUAACAGUUAUGUAUAUGUACUACUCACAUUUUGAUUGUCCUUUUAAUUCAUCAGCAUGCAAAAAUUCCAAAAGCAUUAUUUAAGUCGGAAAAUGAGCAACAGGAAAAGGGUUACCCUUAGCAUCAAUUACAGCUUCACAACGUCUGCGCAUGCCCCGAAUGAGAUCGCGUAUCCGGUUUUGUGUGAAAGUGUUUCAUUCGGCUACCGAGACUGUUCCAAGCUCCUGGAGCGUUCUUGGAUGAACAUUUCUGGCAGAGAGAGCUGUGUGCAGCAUGCCCCAUGAACAGUUGAAUAGUCUCUUGCUGUAGAUACUGCUCAGUCACUCUUGCUCUAUGUGGCCUAGUAUCAUCGUCCAUAAUGAUGAAGCCAGGGCCGAUAGUGUCUGACAUAGGCAUCAAGGAUUGCAUGCAGUAAAUCUGGGUACCAUUAUGGAAGACUUGGGGGUCAGUUUUCCCACGAAGGCUUAUGCCUGCCCACACCAUCACUGAACCUCAGUCAUAUCGGUCAUGUUUCACAACGUUACCUGCCUGGAACAUCUCCCCGUGUUGUCUCUAUACUCUAACGCAUCGGUGAAGUGGAGACAGAAUCUAGACUCGUCAGUUAAAAGAACCGGUUUCCAUUCCCUAAGAGUCUAAUUGCUGUGAGUCUGGGCGCAAUCUAAUCGGUCCCUAACAUGGCUGGCAGUUAAGGAAACUCGUAUUGCUGGUCCCGUGGCCUUUACCAGCAUCAUGAGGACGGUUCCUAACUGUCUUGAGUGGCUACCCGGGUACCAAAAGCAUUUAGGAGGUCAUUUCGUAAAGCUGUGGCAGUCUGGAACCUGUCACGCCGUGCCUGUAUGAGCAAAAAGCUUAAGCUGUCUUGGCGGUGCGUUGUAGUCCUUUGAACGACCUUCAGCAAGACGUCUGGAAGGGUUUCCGUUAGUUUGGAAAUUAUUCUACAUUCUAUUCACCACACUUUGAAACACCGCAGGGGUCAUCAAAUUGAUUUCCUUAUCAAAUUGAGCAACGCCUUACUUAGCUUUUGAAAGGGGUGUACACGUGGAAAAACGUGUGCGCGCUUUUAUGGUUGACUGAACACACCCACACAGGACGAUUUGGAAGGGUAACAUAUUCGCCCAAAACCUUUCCGGAAGGAAAAUAUAAUAUCCUUUCUAAAUUCUUGAUUUUUUAUUCAAAAUAUAGGUGAUUCUUAGCAAAAUGUGAGUAGUAAUAUAUAUCGUAGUGUAGAAAAGGGGAAAUGUGUAUGUCUGUGCAUUAAUUACGGUAAGUACAGUAAUUGUUUAUGAAUUGAGCUGAUAAAAUGAUCAAGAUUCACUACUAGCAUUGAAUCAUAACGUCUUCACCAUUCUAAGUUAGUCUAUUUGACGGUGCAAGCUAGUUCGCUAGUUCAGUGCUUAAUCCUAUUUAUUGUUUAACCAACGUUGUUUAGACUAUCAAUAUAGAGUUUCUUUUGUAUCUUCAUAAAUUUUACUUGCGAUAUCCUUUAUAUAAUUGUUAUCAUUAUACGUUGUUCAUUGGGUCGUGUAAUCUAUUAUGUUUGAUGCAUAAUCCAAAAAAAAGAAAAGAAAAAUAUG